AUGGCACUCAGGGAGUAUUUGGUCGUGGUAUCUCUAGUAUGUGUGUCCAGUUUACACCAUGGUUGGAUUGCAUUCAGACACUUUAACCAGUCUCCCAAUUACACCCUGUAUGCAGUUACGAAUGGACACUGGUCAUUGGAUGCUUUAGUGUCCCCAGAAGGAAUCCUAAAAUAUUGUGACGUCACCUCCGACCCUGUGUCCAUACUUGACGCUGAUGACGUCAAAUGGCGGGAUGUUGACGAAGAUACUGCAAGGAAACUAGUGAAGUCAUGUGAAGGAAUGAGACAUGACAAACGUCAACUGGAGGAAACUGCAAGCCAAGUGAAAGCCACUACUACAGAAGUGCCUUUUGUCCCAGAAGAGACUGGUGAUCCAGCAGGAGCUCAUGGAUCAUUUGCUAUUUUUCCGGGAACGAAAUGGUGUGGCCUCGACAACAAGGCGACUAGUUACGAUGAUUUAGGUGAACACCGCGCUACGGACAGUUGCUGUCGGACCCACGACCACUGUCCAUAUUUUAUCGACCACUUCGAAACUAAAUACCAUUAUCGUAACCCGUACCCCUGGACUAUGAGUUACUGUAACUGUGACACUGGCCUGUACAAUUGUCUCAAGGCGGUGAAAUCAACGGCAGCAGAUGAAGUCGGUGACAUGUUUUUCGGUCUCCUCGAUGUCAAAUGUUUCAAUUUUGAAGACGGUGACUACUGCUCAGAUGAACGUUUGGCUGGCCUGUGGUGCGAGAAGCAUGUCCAUGGUAUGAUGGCGGUCCCCACAGAUUUCCCGUACAAAUGGGCAAAUAACUCUGCCCAGACCAUCAUCAAAUCUGGACUUGUGGGUUAG